GACUCGUAGCUACUGAAAUGGUAAGAAAGAAUGAUAUAUCUUUGUCAGAAGAUAUAAUUUCUACUCAAAUAUCGCCUGAAGAUGGAGCUUAUAUUGAGCUACUAGUCCAGAAAUCGAAGAGAAAAAUUAUCGUGGAAUGUAUUUUGAACCAUAUGGUAUA